GACUGUCACAUGAUCUGAGCAGGGGCGUGGUUAUAGAAUAACGCCUGAGUUUGCAGCGUUAACAGUGCUGUCAGACUUUUUGGAAACAUUGGUCAGGAUGAUUUAUAAAUUAUCUUUCGCUAUCGCCUUGUGUUUUAGUUUGUGUUUUGAUCUCUCUAUUGCCGAGAGCUACGUUUUGGAUGAUAAAAUUGGAUUAGGAAGAACGUUUGACGGCAUUGGCGGUUUGAGUGGUGGAGGGGCAACAUCUCGUCUACUUGUCAAUUAUGCAGAACCCUACCGCAGCCAGAUAUUGGACUACCUCUUCAAGCCAAACUUUGGGGCUUCUCUGCAAAUCCUGAAAGUGGAGAUUGGAGGUGAUGCCCAAACCACAGAUGGAACGGAACCCUCUCACAUGCACUAUGAAAAUGAUGAGAACUUCUUCCGAGGUUAUGAAUGGUGGCUGAUGAGAGAAGCCAAGAAGAGGAACCCCAACAUCACUCUCAUAGGCUUGCCAUGGGCCUUCCCGGGUUGGGUUGGACAUGGGAAGAACUGGCCGUAUGACUUCCCUGAUAUAACUGCAUCCUACGUGGUGUCGUGGAUUUUAGGAGCCGAACAGUACCAUGACCUGAAUAUUGAUUAUGUUGGGAUUUGGAAUGAACGGAACUUUGACAGCAAGUACAUCAAGGUGCUCCGAGACACAUUGGAUAAAGUUGGCCUAACCGGUGUGGGCAUCAUCGCAGCAGACGGCAACUGGGAUGUUUCCAAUGCCAUGGGUGUAGACCCGUACCUCAACGACGCUGUUGAGGUAGUAGGGGCCCACUACCCAGGCACCACCACAGUGAUAGAGGCCCUGAAGACCCAGAAGAAGCUAUGGUCGUCUGAAGACUACAGCACCUUUAACGACGAGGUGGGAGGAGGCUGCUGGGCCCGGAUCCUCAACCAGAACUAUGUCAACGGACUCAUGACUGCCACCAUAUCCUGGAACCUGGUAGCCAGUUACUAUGAGGACCUUCCCUUUGGGAGAGAUGGCCUAAUGACCGCAGAGGAGCCCUGGACUGGGAACUAUGUGGUGGAAUCACCCAUCUGGAUAACUGCCCACACCACCCAGUUUAGCCAGCCAGGAUGGACCUAUCUGCAAACCGUUGGGCAUCUGGUACACGGGGGAAGUUAUGUUGCCCUGACAGACAGUAAAGGAAACCUCACUGUUGUAAUAGAAACCAUGACUCAUGAUCAUUCUGUGUGCAUCAGACCUCCUCUCCUGCCCUUCAAUGUCACAGCCCAGAAUGUAACAUUCCAACUCAAGGGAUCUUUUGCUUCGAUCAAGGAACUACAGGUGUGGCAGUCAAAGUUUGACUUCAAGACUAAAAAGCCGUUCUUCUUCAAGAAAUUGAGCCCCUUAAAGAUUUAUGAUGGUUCGUUCACCUUGAGCCUGGAUGUUGAUGAGGUUUACACUUUAACCACCAUAUCCACUGGGCAGAAAGGGACUUACCCUGAUCCACCUGCCUCUGGCCCAUUCCCUAAAGUCUACUUUGAUGACUUUAAUGUUGCCAACCCUUCCUUCUCUGAGGCCCCAGACUUUGCUGACCAGACGGGGGUGUUUGAGUAUUACAUUAACCUGACGGACCCUGGUCCUCAUGUCUUCACUUUGCGCCAGGUGGUCACACAGAUGCCUGUUACCUGGGCAACAGAUGCUGACCAGACCAUCAGCGUCAUUGGAGACUAUAAAUGGCAGAACCUGACAGUGAUGUGUGAUGUCUUCAUGGAGACUGUGAAGACUGGAGGAGUGUUCAUCGCAGUCAGAGUGGACAAAGGAGGCCAGUCUGUCCGCAGCGCCAAGGGAGUCUUCUUCUGGGUGUUUGCAGAUGGCUCCUACAAAGUCACCAAUGACCUAGUUGGCAAGACUGUACUGGCAGAGGGUCUGUCUGGAACGAGAGCGUAUGGCUGGCACACGUUAACCCUCACAGUCGAGGGGGAGUAUGCCACAGGGUUGCUGAAUGGAUAUCCACUAUGGAAGAAUGCUGUGGUAUUGGGACCAAAGAAUGGCUGGGCUGCCAUAGGAACACACUCAUUUGAACUGGCACAGUUUGACAACUUUGCUGUGGAAGUAAAAUGAGAAUUUUUCUGUGUGUUUGUGGUGAAUAAACCUUGGUCAUUAAUUAAUUUAUUGGCACAAUUAUGCCUCUGAGCCCUUAAAUGUGACUGUAAAAUGAGAAUGGUGGCUAUUUUCCAUAAAUAUUUUGUAAAGGGAUUAAUUUGGAUUCAGUGCCAUUUAACUCACAAAUAUCCAUACUUUCUAUUGUUAUUUUGUGUGUGUGCGCGCAAGCAGAGACUGAAGAGGAAGCGAGAUAUCUCGCUGGCUCUUAUACAGUCAAUGAACUAAGUAGACCAGACCCAGUUGCUAUUGCAUUGGUUUCUAUGGGAUAGCUACCCCUUAGACCAGAACUGUGACCAUAUUUAUUUUUAAUAGUUGUAAUAGUUGCACAAUUUAGCAGAGUGUUAUCAACAGACUUUUCACCUAGUCUGCUCUGGGGUUCAUACCAAUGACCCUUUCGGUUACUGGCCCAACGAUUUUUAACUGCUAGGCUACCUGUUAGUAAGACCUCUUCAUUUAUCCACCAUCUUAAGUGCAAGCCUUAAAUUUAAAGAUUGUUGAAUGCCUAGUAUUUCCCCAGAAAUAUGCUGAAAUUACUCAACAGUUUGGAUCUGAGAAUUACUGUGAUGGAAUUACUUUUCUGUAAGCCUUUGUUUUGUCUUUCCACUGAUAAAAUAAUCAUUGCCUAAUGACUGUUAAUAUCGAUUUUUAAAGAAGUAUGACAAUUAAUACUCUUUACAAUAAAGAAAUGGCAUAUUUUGAAACUGA